UGAGAUUUUCUAUCGAGUUUUCAUGGUGCACAGGGGCCACAACUCUGCUGAGCACUCAGCGGCCCUUUAGACCUUUACAGAACUCGUUGGGUUUGCGCUUUAAAAUGAGUUUAAAGAACGAGAAAUUUGCGAGAACUGAUGGAAAGAUUGAGCUUCUCGUAAUUGGUGAAGCGGCGUGGAAAUUUUGCAGAUCCUGCUGAAGAUGCUUUUUUAGCUGCCAUUUCCUCUUGAUUAAACUGUCAUUUUGAUGGUGCAAAAGUGGAGGUUAGGAAGAUACGACACACAUUCAAUACGAUUAUCACCAGACAUGCUUCAAUGAAUUCUGACGCAGCAUUUCAAUCACUCCACGGCACACUAUAGACAGCUCGUCGGUACUUCUCUUCGAAUAUUCAUCGACCGGUAAACAUCCACAACACACGAAAUCUCCAUCAGAAAGCGUCGCGCUUUUCCAUCGCUUUUCCACGGAAGCGUAUUAGGAAAAAAAAGGCUAAUCCCACCCUCUUGCUCCGCACUUGCUGCAUCAAUUCUACAUUUACGCCACUCUCUUUGCCCCAAACACGAUGGAGUGUACGGGCGGAUGUCGUGUCCCCGACCAGAGAAACAAAUGAGCAGCUUAAGAGUUUUCUUUCACUUUCCGCCUUCCUACUACCGGUUCCUCUUCGUUAAUGGCCACCAAUGGCUCGUCACUCGUCUUCCGCUUUUCCCACCACGCGACUAAACCGCUGUUCGCUUGUUUUUGUAUUCUUUUCUUUUUAAUUUUCCAUUUUAAGCUACAAAGUGCUUCGCACCAUUGGCCUCCAGCACAAACACCACCAGAACAUCACGGAUGAGUUCUUUCAUUCCCUUUUCGGUUAGUUGCCACCAAUGGUACUAUCAUUAGCCAUUUUGCCAAAGGCGAAAAGUUUUCGUCGUGAAAACAAUUGAACUCAUUUAAUCACACGUCGGCACAUGCAGAGUUGGAAUGUUGGGCGAUUGCUACGUUCGCUUUUCAAGCCACAGUGAAAACGGAAUUUCAUUCGAUAAUUCGAGCUGUCGAAAGUUUUUAUUCCAACCGAUUGGGUGGAUUGCUCGGUGCGCGAGGGAAGCGAGCCCGCGUGCUAUUAGUUGCUAGAUCCCGAUGCGAUGGGUUCCACAAAUUAGUACACCAAAUCGUUAGUUUCGUAGUGCCGAUAUCUCUCUUUAUCGCUUUUAGUACCAUAGGUUGUGUAUCUACCUCAUUAGUUAAA